UACCGUUUGAAUGAGAACUAGCAAGAAGGUAGCUAACUCGUACGUCGUUACAUAUAAACAUAUAUAAGCAACUGAAUACGAUACUCAGAAUUGUAUAUUUUUUAAUCGGCUGAUUGACAUGAUUUUCAAAGUCUGACAUACAUUACGCACGUGACCUUGUAAUAAACAUCUGUCCGAAAAGGAAUCAGUCUGAUGUGGGGGCACCUCCAGCUGUCAGGAUGCAGCAGAAAAGGAACAUCCAGAUCAUCGAGUGGGAGGACCUCGACAAAAGGAAGUUCUACUCCUUCGGGGUGUUCAUGACGAUGACCAUCCGGGCCACCGUCUACCCGGCCACGCUCAUCCGCACUCUGCUGCAGGUGCAGAGGGGCACAUCCCUCUACGGCGGCACCUUUGACGCCUUCUUCAAGAUUCUGCGGGCGGAGGGCGUCCGGGGCCUUUAUCGCGGCUUCAUGGUCAACACCUUGACGCUCAUCUCAGGCCAGGCUUACAUAACCACCUACGAGCUGGUGAGGAAGUACGUCUCCCAGUAUUCUGAGGACAACACGGUCAAGUCACUGGUGGCGGGCGGCUCGGCCUCGCUGGUGGCUCAGAGCAUCACCGUUCCGAUAGAUGUGGUCUCUCAGCAGCUCAUGAUGCAGGGCCAAGGGCAGCAACUCACGCGCUUUCGUCUCAAUUCCAACGCAGAGGCAGCAAAGUCCAAGAAAGUGUUCGGCCAAACCAGGAACAUUAUGGCUCAGAUUUUUGCUGCUGAUGGUUUCCGGGGCUUCUACAGGGGAUAUGUUGCUUCUCUCCUCACUUACAUCCCAAACAGUGCUGUCUGGUGGCCUUUCUAUCAUUUUUAUGCAGAGCAACUCUCCAAACUGGCUCCCAGUGACUGCCCUCAUCUGCUUCUACAAGCCGUGGCCGGACCUCUAGCAGCUGCUACUGCCUCAACUGUCACCAACCCAAUGGAUGUGGUCAGAGCCAGAGUGCAGGUUGAAGGGAGGUCUUCAGUCAUCGAGACCUUCAGGCAGCUGAUCAGAGAGGAGGGCUGCUGGGGGAUGACCAAAGGACUGUCGGCGCGCAUCAUCUCCUCCACACCCACGGCCAUCGUCAUGGUGGUCGGCUACGAGACGCUAAAGAAGCUGAGUUUGCGACCGGAGCUGGUGGACUCGAGACACUGGUAGACCUGCACAGACCUUAUAUGGACCACGUUUUAGCCCCGAGUUAGACUUCCUGUGAAAACACUGGAUGAAAGAGAGGUUUAUUUAAAACACCAACCUGGAAUCAGGCCACUGAAACAUUAAUUACAUAAGACAUUGAACGUGUGUUCAUACCAACAUAUUAGUUGCAGACCCAGGUUCACGUUUUAUUCUGCUGCUUAACGGGGCGGAUGCUUUUUAAUGCAACUGAAAGCGGGUAACAUGUUUUUAACGCGGGAACGAUUCAUUUGACACACUCUACAAUCAGGUUGAAGCAUAUUUGCUGUGGAUUAAAGUGGAAUUGAUGGUUACUGUGUUUGUGCUGUCACAAAGCAAAGCGGUGUUGGGCCCAGAACUGGUUUUGAUCAGUGGUUCAGAGAAGUUAAGAUGAUGCAUUCACGUCAGCGUAAACGCAUCUUUGAUUUCUCUGUUUGUUUCUUCCUCGCAUGUCUAGAGCUUUUUGGCCUUUUUGUUUUUUAAAUCGCUGCCUUCAUAGUGUGAUCAAGACAAACAAUCUGCUCUUCGGUUUUGUUGAAUGUGUGUGAGGAGAAAAGUAGGUGGUAUACUUUUAUUUAUCAUGACAGCCUCUGUGUUGUAGGUAUAUUCUACUGACCAUUCACUAAGUCCCGCCCCUCGAACGCAGAUUGGCCAAUCAUAGCGUAGCAUCAACCAGCUCUGACAACUCUCCGUCUCUGCUCCUCAGACUCUCAUAGAUGGUUUCAGAUGUUCCUCCUGUUCAGGCUGCUUUAGUGCAUUCGGAGCUCGUCGUGGUUAAACGUUGUAUAAUAGAGAUACUCGUUAGCUGGAGCGGUAGGGAGGAGAUAAGGUUACGGUUCUACGUUAAAAACCUGUGGAGCUAACGUUAGCAGAGUACGUUAGCACAUCAUUGCUACGCUAGCUACUGAAGGUAUACUG